CGCAACCACAAGUCGCUCAAGAGGCCGUCGCGCCGGCACUUAAAACGCAGUUCGACCAGGGGCUGUCACGAAUACGAGAUGAUCCUAGCAAGUAUGGCAUAGAGUCGCUGCUGUGUAGUAACGUCGCGCGCGCAGAUGCUGAGGCUCUGCUGGACCAGGCGGAGCAGUCCGGCUUAGCCUUUCGCGUAACACAUGAAGUUGAUGGACAUCAGUUUGGCGACAUCUACAUCGAUCCGCCUACGCUGGUCCAGGAGGCCGUCGCCUACAACUCGGCCGAGACCAUCGUGCGCCGGCUUUGGUGGCUUAAUUCUCUCGAGGGACGCAGUCAGAUGCUGCGGGUGGGCGGCACGGCUCGUGUGGCGCUCAGCAGCGGGCUUCGUGACCCUGACCAGUCCUUCUACGUAUCAAACAUGACGACGCCAAACAUGGUCUUCGAGACUGCAUACUCGCAACGCCGCCGCGACUUGGAACGCGUCAUGUGCGGCUGGCUGGUCCCGUCCGGGCCGGCCCUUGUGGUAGUCGGGGUGGACAUCCAGUACCCGCACCCGCCGCGCACACCGCCACGUGUGGAGGUCCUCUUGCAGCUGAGCAGGGAGGCGCGGGCGGGCGCCGCCGUACAUUGCGGCGCGGGCAGCGGCUGCGUGUCGCCGGUCAUGUACGACCACACACUGUGGGUGCCGGUGGACCGCCUGCUGCGCGGGGCGCCGUGGACCACGCGGCUGCUGGCCUGCCUGUGCCUAGCGUGCCUGGUGCCGCUGUACAGUGUGCUGUGGGGCGGGCGCUAUGCUUUGGAGGACGUGCUGACCGGCCGCCGCAGGCUGCUUGAUGUGGCCAGUGCGAGCGUGCGGUCGCUGGGGGGCCCGUGGUGGGGGGCGGUCCCGCUUGACGCGUACGUGGUCCGCGCGGCAGUGUUCCAGGCGCUGGGCAUCAGGCCCGACACAACUGCCUAGCCGACACCCUUCGUCCGUCACGCCUACCUGUGCUGGCAUGGCGCUCGGCAUGGAGGUGGGUGCGGCUGGCCGCGGCACGCCCGCGGCUGCGCCUGUCAGGUACCUGGCCAUCACCAACUACACGUCAUCGCCGCCAACGACGAGGUGGUGUACGUGUGGCAGUUCCGCACCAGCUUCAGCAAGGUGCUGUCCACGGACAUCAACGCGGUGAAGCGCAAGG